AUGGCAACAACAUUAACAGGGGGAAACCCACACAUAAUCCAGCUCCCCAAAACACCCCCAAACACCCCCUCGGACCCGCGCACAAUCGCCCAACAAUGGCUCUCAGCCCUUUCAGCGCAGCUAUCGCACCCAGCCACGCUGAACAUCGCAGACCUGUUCCACACAGAGUCCUGGUGGCGUGACAUGCUCGCGUUAGACUGGGACAUGCGCACCGUGCAUAAAGCGCCGCAAAUCGCAGAAUUCCUUAGGCAGCACCAGAGCAAAGCGCAGCUGUGCGGAUUCCGACUGCAAGACCAGGGCCAGUUCCAGCCGCGCCUGGAACAGGUUGUCUCAGGGCUGAGUUGGGUUUCUUCUAUGUUUUUCUUUGAGAGUGCUGUUGGGACUGGGACUGGGAUGCUGCGGCUUACGCAGGGUGCUGAUGGGGUUUGGAAGGCUUAUGCUGUUUAUACUUCGUUGCAGGAGUUGAAGGAUGCAAGGGAGCCGUUGGGGAAGUUUAGGGCUGAGGGGACGACGGAGUCUAUGCCUGGUGGUUUGGCUGGGGGGACUUGGAUUGAGAGGAGGGAUAGGCAGAGAGAGUUUUUGGAUGAGGAGCCGACUACUUUGGUUGUUGGGGCUGGUCAGGCUGGUUUGAAUAUGGGUGCGCGGUUGCAGAGUGUUGGGAUAUCGUGUCUGAUCGUCGAUAAGAAUGACCGCGUCGGUGAUAAUUGGCGUAACCGGUACAGGACCCUGGUUACCCACGAUCCAGCCGAAUUCACACACAUGGCCUACCUGCCUUUCCCACAGAACUGGCCGCAGUUCACACCAAAGGACAAACUCGGCGACUGGUUCGAAGCAUAUGCGAGCAUUAUGGAGUUAAACGUCUGGAUGAAGACAUCCGUGGUCUCAGCAGACUAUGAUGACGCCACUGCAAAGUGGACAGUAGUUGUUGCUCGCGGUGAUGGCUCUCAACGAACGCUGCGUCCUCGUCAUAUCGUUUGGUGUACUGGCCACUCUGGCGAGGCACGUAUUCCCUCGUUCCCCGGCCAGGAGUCCUUCCAGGGCAAGGUGUAUCAUGGCAGUCAGCACCGUGAUGCCUCGGAAUCGGAUGUCCGGGGAAAGAAAGUGAUCGUUGUCGGAACUGGAAACAGUGGCCAUGAUAUUGCGCAGAACUAUUACGAAAACGGAGCCGAUGUUACCAUGCUGCAGCGCAGUGGGACAUAUGUCCUGACUGCCGCUAAGGGUGUCUUCAUGAUGCAUAAAGGAAUGCAUGAGGAUGGCGGGCCCCCAACUGAAGAAUGCGACAUCGCUACAGAAAGUCUCCCCUGGCCCGUUCAACUCGCCUUGAGCGUCCACUUGACGAAACGUAUCGCCGAAGCUGAAAAAGAAACAUUAGACGGGCUCCGCCGCGCCGGCUUCCAACUUGACUUUGGUCCCGACGGCGCCGGUAUUGCACGCGCAUACUUCACUCGCGGUGGAGGCUACUAUAUCGAUGUGGGAUGCAGCCAGCUCAUCAUCGACGGCAAGAUUAAAGUGAAGCACAGUCCAGGCGGCAUCAAUGGCUUCGGAAAUCGGGAGCUCCAGUUGGCAGAUGGCGACUCCCUCCCAGCAGAUAUUGUCGUUCUCGCUACCGGAUAUGAUAACAUGCGUACGACUGUGCGCAAGGUCUUGGGUGAUAAGGUUGCAGAUAGAUGUUCCGAUGUUUGGGACUUGGAUGGGGAGGGUGAGGUCAACGCUAUGUGGCGUCCCAGCGGCCACCCGGGAUUCUGGUAUCAUGGAGGAAAUCUGGCGUUGUGCCGUAUUUACUCCAAGUUCCUUGCACUUCAGAUUAAGGCUGUUGAGAGUGGCCUGUCUCCUGGAAUUAGACAGCAGAGCAUGAACAGAGAGGCUAAGAUUUAA